UUUUUGGUUAUGUGCGACGCAUGGCGUAGGUUGCUGCAAGGAUGUGAUUAGACAGGGAUCCCUGCUUUAGAGUUCCCCUGUUCUGCCUCCAAACUGAGUCGCUCACGAUGCCCAGGGCUUUGCGGAGACUGGUCCAUCUGGUGCUGUUCUGCCCUUUGUCCAAAGGCCUGCAGAGUCGUCUCCCAGCAAUUAAGGUGAAGUAUCUCCUCCUGGCAUGGCUGGGCAUCCUCAUCGCCAGCUGGGUCAUCUACAUGCAGUAUGCCUCAUACUCUGAACUCUGUCGUGGCCACGUCUGCCAUAUGGUUAUUUGUGAUCACUACAGAAGGGGUAUAAUAUCAGGGUCGUCCUGCAAAGCACUGUGUGAUCAGAGAAGUCUAACCCUGCAGCGCUGCAUGUCCACCUCCUCGACACACCAGGUGUACAGUGGACUGUGGAAGGAAAGACCUGUUGUCAUCAAGUGUGGUAUUGAGGAUCCAGUGAAGAUCGAUGGGGCUCCAGACUCAGUGCUGCGCCGUGAGAUGAGCUUAUUCGACAAACCCACUCGUGGAACUUCAAUGGAUGAAUUUAAGGAGAUGCUUCAUAAUUUCCUCAAGGCCAACCUCGGGGAGCAGCCAUCUUUGAACACAUUGGUGGACAGGGUCAUCACUCUGGCUGAUGUCAACCAGGACGGUAAAGUGUCUCUAGCAGAGGCCAAAUCUAUUUGGGCUCUUCUCCAGAUCAAUGAGUUCCUCCUGAUGGUGGCGCUGCAGGAGAAGGAGCACACUCCUAAGUUGCUGGGCUUCUGCGGAGACCUGUAUGUGACGGAGCGUGUGGGCCACAGCUCCCUCUACAGGCUGGAGGUGCCUCAUUACCUGCAGGCUCUGGUUCCGGAGGCCUUGAGCUCCAGCUUGAACCACUGGUUGGCGCCGGCUUGGCCCCGAAGGGCUCGCAUCACCAUCGGCCUGCUGGAGUUUGUAGAGGAGGUCUUCCACGGGUCAUACGGGAGCUUCUUAAUAUGUGAUGCUAGUCCUCGUCACGUGGGCUACAAUGCAAAGUAUGACUGCAAAAUGGCCAACCUGCGCAGUGUGGCGUCAGAAGCAGUCGUGAGGGGAUUUCUGAGGGGACGCCGCUGUGAGACUAACGCCGACUGUACCUACGGACGGGACUGCACGGCCACCUGUGAUAGACUAGUGAAGCAGUGUAACACAGAGGUGGUGCAGCCCAACCUGGCAAAGGUGUGUGUGCUGCUGCAGGACUUUCUGCUUUUUGGAGCGCCGUCAGACCUCAGAGGAGAUUUGGAAAAGCAGCUACGUACGUGUGUGACACUUAGCGGUCUAGCAAGUCAGAUGGAAGUACAUCACUCACUAGUGCUUAACAACCUGAAGACGUUACUAUGGAAGAAAAUUUCGAACACUCAGUAUUCUUGAAAACAGGUGGUGACGCCCCAGCCUGUACCUCUGUGUAAUGAUUAAUUACAUGAACAUUUAUAGUUUUUGCAGAAUCCCGUAGAGGAAGGUGAUAUUGAUGUAUUUUCACUUAACCCUGACUGUGAAUAACAGGAGACUGUGAAAUGAAAUAUAUAUAUAGUAUGAAAUAAGCAGACUUGUUCUCUCAUAUGAGCCCUGUUAUGCUUUCAUUCUCCAGUGCUUCAUUUUGAGAAGCACAUUUAUCUAGUCAGACGUUAUAUUCUCAGGACAUUGCCACUAACUUUAUUUUUAAACAUGUAAAUAAUAACAAGUAAAUAAUUUUUUGAAAUAAAACAACCUCCAACCUACUGGAUAAUAAGUUUCGUAUAUAGUUUUUUUUUUGUUUUUUUUUGUCUGAGACUGAGUGUUCAAAUGUAACAUAUGUCAUUUUUGUACAAGUGUAAAUAUUAGUAGACCAUUGCUGUUUCCUGUGUUAAAAAAAAAAAAUAAAGAUGCAUCAGAAGCAGAGGUACUGGAUGGAAUAAACAAUCAGAAAGUC